AUGGCUUAUAUGGGAAAACUGGUGUUGGGUUUGAUGGUGUUUAGGGAGAUGGUUGGUGAAGGUAUUCAGCUUGAUGUUGUGGUUAUGAUUAGCUUGUUUUUUAAGUGUAGCCAAUUAGGCUGGCUGAGACAUGGUAAGAAUGUGCACAGGUGGAAUAUUGGGAGGCGUCGGCGGCUGGGAUUGUAUUUAGGGAGAGAUGUGAUUUCAUGGAGUGCAGUGAUGUUGGGGUGUGGAAUGAAUGGCAGUGUCAAUGUUGCUUUGAAUCUCUUUGAUCUGAUGUGCAGGGAGGAAUUGGCUCCCACUGAGAUUACCUUUGUUGGGAUCUUGUAUGCUUGCAGUCAUUGUGGAAUGGUGGAUCAGGGAUUUGAGUAUUUCAAGAGGAUGAGGGAAGUAUAUGGGAUCAUGCCUAAGAUAAAACAUUAUGGUGGCAUUGUUGAUUUGCUUGGUACGGCAGGGUUGGUUCAAGAAGCACAUGAUUUUAUUCAAAAUGUGCCGCUGGACCCCAAUUGCAUGUUUACUAGAUAUGUUGUGGCACUUCACAGGAUCAAGGAUGCAGAAAGGUCUCAAGAUCCUAAGGAACAGCUGCAAAUGAAAUCGCUUCAUUAA